UUACUUCCGUCUCUGCCCUUUAACUCAUGUUAUGUUGACGUGUGUUUCCUUAUUGAUAUUAAGCCAGGACAUGUUCCUCGUUUUCAUAUUCCUGCACGUAGUAGCUGAUAAUGAUAUCUCAAUGUUAAAUGUAUUUUUCAAUUUGAACCCGCCUCAGUUUAAACUUAGACGCCAGCAUUAACACACCAACUACUUUGUGAAAUAAUUUGUAAUUCAUAAAUCUCAUCCUGACUGGGAAUCAUUCAGAUAUUACGAGGACUGAAAGAUUAGGAUUCUGGAAAUAUUUGGAUUUCAUGUAAAUGAUGGAAAUACUCCCUCUGAUGUUAGUACUUACCCUGUGUGGGAUUCCACAGGAAACAGUCGCUAAGAACCUCGACCGGGUACAGUGUGGAGAAGAGUGGACACCAUGUUUCAAAAACAUGUGUAACUGCACCUCGAAAUGUGUCAGUUGUGUAGGUAAUGGACGAAAUCUUACAACGAUUCCUGACCUGAGCCCCUCAACUGAACAGCUAAACUUUUCAACUAACUAUUUAGAAAGCAUAUCAAGAAUGACCUUUUACCAUAUGACGCACAUAAGAGUUCUAGCACUUACCAACAACAGUAUUAAACACAUCUCCAGUGAUGCAUUUCAGGAUCUUACAGAGCUUGAAGUUCUUUUUUCUUGGCUAUAAUAAUGUGUCUGAAGUAAUUCUACAACAAACCUUCUACAGCCUGCAGCAUAAUUUCAGAUACCUCAGCCUAUCACAUAAUAAGAUGGGCGUUAAUAUCACAGGAGAGUUUAUCAAAGGACUCACUGGAUUGAAACUCACAGAUCUCUUCAUCGAAGGAAAUAACAUCAAAACAUUGGAUUUUACUGUAUUUCGUGAGCUAAAGGUUCUCCAGAGAUUAUCAGCCAAAGGAAAUGAUAUCUAUAAAAUACGAGAUGCUGUACCCAAAGGAAUUACUCACCUUUUUCUCCAGUGGAACCGUUUGUCGAUACUUCCACAAUUUUGUUCUGGAAGUAGCCAUUCUAAUUUGGUUAAAAUAGAUCUGAGUGGAAAUAAUAUAGGACAUCUGUCGAGACAAAGUUUAGUGUGUCUCAUUAACUUGAAGUAUUUCGGUUUAGGUGGAAAUAGAUUAAUCACACUUACCCCGGGUACAUUUUCGUUACUACCUCAAAUUGAUAUCUUAAGUCUUAAUGGUGUUUUUAAAGAAAGGGGAUAUGCAGAGACAGUAAGAAUAGAGCCAUAUGCGUUUAAUAAUAGUGUUGUCAAAGUACUUUAUCUUGCAAGUAUCGCUCGGUUUGGGUAUUUUAAAUUGAUCGUUAAUCCCAAUGCAUUUAAAGGGUGUACAGGACUUACAAGACUCAUUUUGUCAUACAAUGUCAUGAUAUAUUUUAACGACACCUAUUUAAAUGUACUUCUUGGUGAUUUACACACCUUACAAGUGAUAAAAAUGUCACGAUGCCAAUUAUCAUUCUUCCCCGAGGUCCUAUCAACGUUAGUAGAACUACGAACAAUCGAUCUGCACGGAAACAGAAUAAUGCGGUUAAAACAGGGAUUAUUCAACAACUUGAAGAAACUCCAGCACAUUAGUUUAUCAGAGAAUGCUAUCGAAGUUAUACAUGAAGCAAAUUUCCCGGUAAAUCUGAGAAACCAACUUAAAUAUAUCAACCUAGCAGUUAACAACUAUGUCUGUACUUGCGCAAAUCUUUGGUUCAUAACCUGGAUAAAAUCAGAUAAAAAUAUAUUUGAUUACUUCCCCGAUAAUUAUGUGUGCGGAUAUCCUACUGAACUCCAAUCAAAACGUCUCAUUGAUGCCAACAUCUCUGAACAGACCUGCCAAAUCUCACCUUACAUGUUUCCUAUUAUUUUUGGCCUGUCCAUUGCAGCAAUUGUGUUGUUAGUGAUUAUCUCCCUUACAUACAGAUGGCGUUGGCACAUCCGAUAUUGCGUUUACAUGCUGAGAUUUAGACAGAGGCAGCGAAACGUUGAAAGAGAGGAAGCAUUCAUCUAUGACGCAUUUGUUCUGUAUUGUGAAGAUGAUUCUUGGUGGAUACGAAAUAACUUGCUGCCAAAAAUUGAAACUGAUGGCAAUUUAAAGUUAUGUAUACAUGAGAGAGAUUUUACCCCUGGGUUUUACAUAGUGGACAACAUUGUGAAGAGUCUGGAAAACAGCAGGAACAUAGUCCUAGUGCUGUCCGACAAUUUCAGUCAGAGUCCAUGGUGUCUGUUUGAGCUAACUCUGGUUCUGAAACGUUCUCUGGAGCAGGAUGACGGAUACGUCAUGGUGGUGCUGCUGGAGGAAAUACACGCCCAGAACAUGACGUCAUCACUGUAUGCCCUGCUGCAGACGACAACCUACAUCACGUGGCCUGUAGAGGAGGAAGACAGGGAGUUAUUCUGGAUGCGUCUCCGGCAUUGUUUACAACGCUGAACCUGAUCUGCACUUUCAUUAUAUACAUCAAUGUUGAUGAUGUUGAUCACUGGAUUGUCUUGUCAAUUGAACCGGAAGCUGGCAGGGGUAAUGCAGGCGAAGAACGAUUUGAUAUGCCACGA